UAGAGAUGUUGGAUUGAGAGCAAUUGCAAUGGCGUGCACAAUCGAUUUCCGGAAGCUCGACGAGGGCUUCGGCGGCAAGACCUUCAAGCGCAAGAGAGCCGAGCAGGAAGCCGAGAAGCAACACCUCCUCGAUGACAACGAUUCCUCCAUGGAAAUCGACGCCAAUCCGUCGAAGCGGCAGGCCGUCGCCUCCUCCUCCGAUCCGAACAAGCCUUCCUUCGGCAAGCCGACCUACGACGGAGUGAUCGCCGGCAAAGUGUCGGGGAAGAGGUGGAAGGAGGUGCGGACGCGGCGCGCGUCGUCCGUCCAGGUGAAGAAGGGGACGACGGCGGAGCAGCGGGCGAGGGAGAAGGAGAUUAAGAAGGCAUACAGAGAGAGGAUGACGGAGCUCAAGGAGGAAAUACGGCAGAACAAGCAGGACAAGAGGCGGCUGCGCGAGGAGAGGGAGAAGAAGAAGGCGGAGAAUAUUCUCAAGUCGGGAACCAAGUUGCAGAAGAUUACCAACCCUAAUACACUCAAGAAGAUCGCUAAAUCCAAGCAGCGCAAGCUCCUCAAGGUCGUCUCUGAUGAUGUUUUCAAGAAUAAUACCAACAAGUAACUUAUUUAUUUUUGAGAAUGUGUUUUCUGUUAUGGAUUGCCAAUUUAGUUUAUCAUGUUUUGUUGGAAUAUUUGUUUGAAGAAGAAAUUUUAUGUUCUUGUCAAAA